AUGUGCGGCGCGGCGCUGUCGGGAGCGCUGUGGCUGUGGCUGCUAUGGGCCGGCAGCGGGGCCGGCGGCGGCUGUUCUGGGAGGUGCUGCCAGGGCCGGGACGCGGCCUGUGUCGGUGAAGGAUGGCGGGAGGGAGGGGGCCACGGAACCUGCUACUGCGACGCAGGGUGUCGGCGAGCCGGUGACUGUUGCAGCGACCACGGCCAGGCGUGCCCGGCUCUUCCAUGCGUGGUAGGGGAGUGGAGUCACUGGAGUGGCUGUGCAGAACACUGCCAACCCCACCUGCGGCUACGCAGGCGCUACAUGCAGCGGGAGCCUCAGAACGGGGGGGAGCUGUGUCCUGCUCUCGAGGAGAAGGCUGCCUGCCUGGAUUACCUGAAUUACCAGGGAGAGGACUGCGGCCAUGAACAUGUCCCUGCUUUCAUUGUUACCUCUGAAUAUGGUAAAGAAAGAAACCGACAAGCAGCAUCUUCUCCCUGGCCUCCAGACAAAGAAGAAGCUGGCUACUGUGUGGAAUUUAGAACAGAAUCCCUUUCCCUCCACUGUGCUUUGGAGACCCGGCCGUAUGCCCAAUGGAUGCAGUACCUACGAGAAGGACACACUCUGUGUGUAGCUUGCCAGCCUCCAGCUAUGAACAGGGACACUCAUCGCUGUUCUGGAGAUGGUCACAAUGCAGAUGGAGGGAAAAUUUUAUACUGGGAAGCAGUUGGCAACUCUCAGUGCCAAGGAACCUGGAAGAAGAUUCGGCAGCUGGAGCACUGUUCAUGUCCCCUAGUGCACAGCUUUAUUUUUACAUAAAAGUUUUAAAGACCU